GUCAGGACUUAAUGUUUGGUUCCUUCCAAGCAGCAGGUUCACUUUUCCAGUUUCAGCUGCUGAACAGAGAAGACAACUUCUCCUUUCGUCAGCGUGGGCUUCUCGAACUAACUUAGAGAAAGUGAAGUCUAACACAAGACACAGAAGUGGAGGAAUAGUGCAACGUGGUUGGACGAUGGAUUCACGGAUUUUACUCCCGGUUCUCCUGCUCUUCUUGAGUUUGUCGACAGUUUUCGCUCAGACUCCCGCACCUGAACCAGCAUGUGAGACGAAGAAUGGGACAAACUGUGAGGAGUGUUUGAAAAAUGUCAAGUGCUUGUGGUGUAUCAAAACAAAGUCAUGUAUAACAUAUCCAGUGAGGACGAUCCUUCCACCAGCCGCUCUCUGUCCACUGAACGAUGCUCGCUGGGGGCUCUGCUGGAUGAACUUCCAGGCAUUGAUAAUCACCUUGGCAGUGGUUGGUGGAGUCAUCAUCAUUGCCUUCUUUAUUUGCCUCUUCUGCUGCUGCAAGUGUGAGAACUUCGGCUCAAAGAGGUUUGAGGCCAAGAUGCAGAGGCAAGCUGCAAAGACGAGAACCAAGCAGGAAGAAAGAAAGGCGGAGAUGAAACAGAGACACGAGGAAAUAAGGAAGAAAUACGGUCUAAGUGGACAGAAUCCGUACUCCAGAUUUGCAUGAAAGGACCGGUGAAGUGAGGUCUCUGUUUUCUGAAAUCUGACCUCUAACCACCAACAACCUGUCCCUGUGUGAAAAUGACCAGGGGAUUCAUGUAAACUAUCAGAAUAGGUGACGCUUGUUUGAACAGGAAGUUUGGCUUCAUACAGCUAAUGAAGAGAAACCUUUUGUUCUAUGUGAUGAUCCAGGAGGCUGUAAAUAAAGACCAGAAUAAUCACAUGUAGCAGCAGUGUUCUUUAGAGCCAAAUGUUACUCUGAAUAUUCCCAUAGCAACAAAUUAUUUAUUAUACAGAGUCUAGUUUUUAUUAUACAAAAAGAAAUAACUGGUCACGGAAGUUUUCUUCCCUUAGCUCACAAUCUGUUUUUCCCAAGCUGCUGCCCAUGAAAGGAUCUACUUAGAUGAUUGUAGCCUAUUUUUGUACUUUUUUUCAAAUGGACUCAAUCCUUUUCUUAACCUGUCAGUACUUUAUUUUAUUGUAUAGGAGGAUUUUUAUGGACUAUUAGGCUAUGUAAAAUAAUGCUUACUAUAAUGAUUGAGUUACUCCUUCACACCUUUAAUCUGUAUUUAUUAGGUAAUAUUUACAGAUUAAUUCUGCCUUAUUCAACAUUUGCUUGUUUUCCUGUGAAGAUUAAUAUGCCUAAUAAAAGAUGGACUUUCUUCAGCAA